GGCACCGCAGAGCUUUCAAACGCCGAGCUACACAGACCGCAACGGACGCCGUGGUGCAAUUGUCAGGAACAUGGGACCGACAGGAGAGGUGGUGUUCAGCAGCCAGGAGGGGGUCUGUACUGAGAAUCGGCUGCGCUGGGACCUGAGCCCUGAGCAGAUCCAGCAGCUCUCAGACGAACUCAUCGCCAAGACGAAGAAGGUCUAUGACUGCGUGGGGGCCCUGAACCUGGACUGUGUGACAUGGGACAACACCAUGAAAGCCCUCGCUGAUGUGGAGGUCGAGUAUACAGUUCAGAGGAACAUGCUGGACUUCCCCCAGCACGUGUCUCCCUGUAAGGAGGUGCGCACGGCGAGCACGGAGGCCGACAAGAGGUUGUCAGAGUUCGACGUGGAAAUGAGCAUGAGGGAGGAUGUCUACCAGAGAAUCGUGGCUCUGGAGAAGAAGAUUGAUUCCGAGAGCCUCACUCCAGAGUCCAGGAGGUACAUGGAGCGACUGAUGAAACUGGGCAAGAGAAACGGUCUGCACCUGCCCAGAGAGACCCAAGAGGAGAUAAAAACCAUUAAGAAGAAACUGAGUAACCUAUGCAUAGACUUCAACAAGCAUCUGAACGAGGACACAACCUGCCUGUCCUUCACCAGGGAGGAGCUGGGCGGUCUCCCUGAAGACUUCCUGGGUUCCUUGGAGCAGGAUGGCGACAAGCUGAAGAUCACCCUGAAGUACCCUCACUACUUUCCCACCAUGAAGAAGUGCUUCGUCCCCGACACCCGCAGGAAGUUGGAGGAUGCUUUCAACUCCCGCUGUAAGGAGGAGAACUCUGUCAUCCUGAAGGAGCUGGUUCAGCUCAGAGCUCAGAAGUCAGCUUUGCUUGGUUUCACCACACACGCCGAUUUCGUUCUGGAGAUGAACAUGGCCAAGAGCAGCAAGAAGGUGGCCGGUUUCCUAGAGGAACUUGCUCGUAAACUGAAGCCUCUGGGAGAGGAGGAGAGAGCGGUCAUCCUCAAACUGAAGGAGAAGGAGUGUGAAAAGAGAGGCCUGCCCUUCACUGGAGAGCUGCACGCCUGGGACACACGGUACUUCAUGACCCAGGUGGAAGAGACCCAGUACGCUGUGGAUCAGAAUCAGCUGAAGGAGUACUUCCCCAUGGAGGUGGUGACCAAGGGCCUUCUGGACAUCUAUCAGGAGCUGCUGGGCCUCUCCUUCGAGCUGGUGGAGGGCCCUGCUGUGUGGCACCCAGACGUCACUCUAUACAGUGUAAAGGACCGGGCCUCGGGGCAGAUGGUUGGGCAGUUUUACCUCGACCUGUUCCCCAGGGAGGGGAAGUACGGCCAUGCGGCGUGUUUCGGCCUCCAGCCAGGCUGUCUUCUUCCGGACGGCUCCAGACAGAUGUCUGUGGCGGCCAUGGUGGCGAACUUCAGCAAGCCGACGGCGGACACCCCGUCCCUGCUGCAGCACGACGAGGUGGAGACCUACUUCCACGAGUUCGGUCACGUCAUGCACCAGCUCUGCGCUCAGGCCGACUAUGCCAUGUUUAGUGGAACGCAUGUGGAGCGGGACUUUGUGGAAGCUCCUUCCCAGAUGUUGGAGAACUGGGUGUGGGAGCGGGAGCCGCUGCAGAGGAUGUCCAGACAUUACAAGACAGGAAGUCCAAUCCCCGAUGAGCUGCUGGACAAACUCAUCAAGUCCCGCCUCGCCAACACCGGUCUGUUUAACCUGAGGCAGAUCGUUCUGGCCAAGGUAGACCAGGCUCUCCACACCAAGACCGGUCUGGACCCAGCGGAGGAGUAUGCCAGGCUCUGCCAGGAGAUCCUAGGGGUACCAGCCUCAGCAGGAACAAACAUGCCGGCAACCUUUGGCCACCUGGCAGGGGGUUACGAUGCGCAGUACUACGGUUACCUGUGGAGCGAGGUCUUUUCCACGGAUAUGUUCUACGCUCGCUUCAAACAGGAAGGCAUCAUGAACCCCAAGGUGGGUCUGGACUACAGGAACUGCAUUCUGAAACCUGGCGGUUCGGAGGACGCCUCCGAGAUGCUGAAGAAGUUCCUCGGGCGGGAGCCAAAGCAGGAAGCUUUCCUCCUGAGCAAAGGACUGACGGUGGAGAUGGAGGCGUCCACCCCUUGUCCCUGCUGACCAACCAACAGCGCCCCCUACUGUCCACCACCCAGUUAGUGUAGCAGGCACAAGGGACUCGUGUUUUUUAGGAAAAAUAAAUAAAAUAUUCCAAGUUGGAAAAAAAUCAUCAAUAAAGAAAAUCAUUUGA